AUGUCGGCCGCGCGCUGCUGCUUGCUCCUCGCCGUGGCAGGCAGCGCUGCCGCCAUGGACAUAAAGGGCAGGGCGGGCAUCCCCGUAGGCCCGGAGGAGGGCAGCCGCCUCACCACGGGCGAUGCCUCGAAGGUGCACAUGAGCGUCGAGAUGCUGGAGAGCGGAGGAAUGCUUAUCGGCGGCACCGCGAUCGAGGAGCCGGCCCACACUGGAAGCGCGGAUCUGUGCGCGCAGCUCGCGGUGCCCGUGCUGGCGCUGGUGCUCGGCGGCGGCGUCUUCGUCAUCUUGCCCAGAUACCGGACCAUGGCGCAG